CAAUUCGAUGACUUGAGCUCAAACUAAUCUUAAUGAAAGAGUUACUAAUUAAGUUUUAAGAGAUCAUCUGCCUCUGACAUUAUCAUUAAAGAUGCCAAUGGAAGACCAGUUUCAACGAUCGCUAAUCUUAUUGGAAUAUCCUCAGUUCCACUUGCUGAAUUUGUGGCAUUGUGAGUGCAUAGUUCAUGAAUUGAGUGCCGCCGGACAGUCUCCUACAACGUAGCUCGGGUCACUGUUCGGGUGGGUUGGUGUCUUCUUCAACUUCCCCCAGAAACACCCAUCUGCCAUACGAUUCGUUUAUUCCUUUUUGGCUAUCACCAGUGAAGAAGAAGCAGCCAAAAAGGGACCCUUUUCAGUUUAUUCAAUUCUGAUUUGUAAAGCUUAAACCUUUUCAACAUUAAUUUACAAUAUAGCUUUUCUUCAAAUGGUUCAAUUUCUGGGCACCCUUCGCCCUUCUCCUUCUCUAAGCUCUUUCGUUACUUACAAGCGCCAAGUAUACUCGCCAAUCACAGCUCCCAACAAUGGGUUCUUGUCCUUCAGACGAAUGUUCAAGGCUUACCUUCAAUCUAGUUCAGUAGCCACAGAUGCUGGUUCAGGGUUACCAUUGGAGCAAUCAGACGUCAUAUUUAUAGGUACAGGAACAAGCGAAGGAAUUCCACGUGUGAGCUGCCUGACAAAUCCUUUGAAGAAGUGCGAGGUGUGUUUAAAAGCUGUGGAACCGGGUAACAGAAAUAGGAGACUCAACACAAGCAUUGUUGUACGUCAUCCUACAUCCUCUGGAAGUUCUAACAUUCUUAUUGAUGCUGGAAAGAUAAGAACACUUGAUGCGGUUAUUAUUACUCAUUCUCAUGCUGAUGCAAUUGGAGGUCUGGAUGAUCUUCGUGAUUGGACAAACAAUGUUCAACCCAGCAUUCCAAUAUAUGUGCCUGAGCGUGAUUUUGAGGUGAUGAAGAAGACUCAUUAUUAUUUGGUAGACACAAGUGUGGUCCAACCUGGUGCUGCUGUCUCAGAGUUGCAAUUUAAUAUUAUACAUGAGGAUCCAUUUUCUGUGAACGAUUUGAAGUUUACCCCUUUACCUGUAUGGCAUGGUCGUGGUUAUCGCUCCUUUGGAUAUCGUUUUGGUAAUGUUUGUUACAUCAGUGACGUUAGUGAAAUACCUGAAGAAACCUACCCACUUCUGAGAGACUGUGAACUCCUGAUUAUGGAUGCUCUACGGCCAGAUCGGAAUUCUGCAACACAUUUUGCACUUCCAAGGGCUUUGGAGGAAGUGCGGAAAAUACGACCUAAGAGAACAUUGUUUACUGGUAUGAUGCAUUUGAUGGAUCAUGAGAAGGUAAAUGACUAUCUUUCGAAAUUGAAGGAGACAGAGGGUCUUGAUGCACAAUUGAGCUAUGAUGGGCUUCGGGUACCUAUAGCACUCUAACCUUUAAAUCACUUUACAUAUGAUGGCCUAUUUACUAUUUCUUAUUAAAUACAUAAUUACCAUUUAUUUUGGGCCAGUUGAUCUUUCACAAGCUUUGCAAUAUCAAAGCUAGAUUAAUAUUUUGCUUCUCAGACUUCAUUGUUAACACCCCCAUUGGUCCUCCUAGUUUAUCACAUGAAUAUGUGGCCUGUGGAGACUAUUGUCC